AUGAGCAUGUGUGAGAAAGAUCAGAAUUUGCCAUGGGGAUACGACCUGUUCCGCGACCCUUUUGCUCCUCCCAACGUGUACUACGGGCCUCCUCCCGGUUACUGUGACGGUCACUGUUGUGACCUCCAUUACGGUAGAGCAGCACAUCCAGAUGAGACUCAGUUGCAUUCUUCUCAACUCACAUAUGAUUUGUACAACCCAUCAGUAGGCAUCUACCAUCCUGGAAGCACCCAUGAGCAUGAGCACGAGACAGUAUAUGUAGAGCCAUCUAGUUCCUCUCCAGACACAGCUGGUGACGGUUAUUUUGAGAUGGAGGAGGAAGUAGGGAAGAGGUUUUACCCCAUGGUCCCAGUUCCCCAUGUCCCCAAAAUUAAUGGAGAAAUCCCAUCAAUUGAUGAAGCCACUAUGGACCAUGAAAGGCUGACAGAAAGGUUGAAGCUGUAUGAGCUGGUUGAACACAAGGUGCAAGGAGAUGGCAACUGUCAGUUCCGAGCACUAUCAGACCAGCUUUACCAAAGUUCAGAUCACCAUGAGUUUGUGAGGGAGCAGAUAAUUAACCAGCUUAAAACUAACCGUGACGCCUAUGAUGGAUACGUUCCCAUGGCAUAUGAUGAUUACUUGGAGAAAGUUGCACGAAACGGUGAAUGGGGUGACCAUGUGACUCUACAGGCCGCUGCUGACAAGUAUGGAGUAAAAAUCUUCGUGAUGACAUCGUUCAAGGAUACUUGCUACAUCGAGAUCCAGCCUAAGGUUCAGAAGUCCAACAAAGUGGUACUGUUGAGCUUCUGGGCGGAGGUGCACUACAACUCCAUAUAUCCGCAGAAUGACGACGACCAAGAGGAGGAGAUGGUGGCCGUUCUCGCAGCACCACCACCGUUGAUGGCGGAUGACAGAGGGCUCGACGCAUCAUCUUCAUCUCUCCGGGACUGGGAUGGAUGUCGGAGCGGUGGAGCUCGUCAUGAUUCAGGAUCAGGUGGUGGUCCUGUGGGCCCGGCCAUCGUCCAAAUGAUACAAGGGACGUACUUAUGA